AAUCAGCAGCAUUCGAUACCAAACGACUAUUCGCUAAUCAGCGCAGCUCAAUAUCCGCUCUCGCUCCUUGCAUAACUUUUUUACUUUCCUAUCCCUCCCUAAGACGAAAGAUGUCGAUCAUUCCAUCAUUCUUCGGUCGCCGAAGCUACGAUCCCUUCUCUCUUGAUCUAUGGGAUCCUUUCGAUGGCUUUCCCUUCAACUCCCUUGCAACAGCGAACCGAAACAGCGAGACUGCUGCAUUUGCAAAUACCCAAAUAGACUGGAAAGAGACGCCAGAAGCCCAUGUAUUCAAGGCAGAUCUUCCAGGGCUGAAGAAAGAGGAAGUCAAGGUGGAGGUUGAAGAGGGCAAGGUCCUCCAGAUCAGCGGAGAGAGGAGCAAAGAAUCGGAAGAGAAGAACGACAAGUGGCACCGUAUAGAGAGGAGUAGCGGCAAGUUCCUGAGGCGAUUCCGGCUGCCGGAGAAUUCCAAGGUGGAAGAGGUGAAGGCAGCAAUGGAGAACGGGGUGCUGACGGUAACGGUGCCGAAGCAGGAAGUGAAGAAGCCCGAUGUGAAGGGCAUUGAAAUUUCUGGUUGAGAAUGUGUGAUCUUGUUGUUUUACCCAAAUAGCCUUCUUUCUUCUCUUUUGUGUGUAUGUUGGUUGUCUUUGUAUUCGUGUCGUGGAAGUAUGUUGGAAAUACAAGUUGAUUGUUAUGAAAUCGGAUACUGACGGUACAAUAUUUGUACUUUAAUACAGAAUAUAAAUGUUAGCUUAUUUUCUUGAA